UGUCUCGUGCUUAACUGUGUAGCUGCUCUCUUUGCAAAGGAAUGUCGCUGCUGCUAUAUAUCAGCUGGGAUGGAGGACUGACAGAUGUUUGACCCAAAGAUGUGUGGACGGCAAUGUCUUAUCUUAUUAAAUAACCAUGAUGCACAAAACAACAUAGUAGUUACCUCCACUUCUGACUGGCGACCAAGAACAUCCAGUCAGAUUUAAGAGAACCGCUGCUAACUUCAGAGUCAAUAUUUAGUCCUUUGGCAUCAUAUCUGCUUGUAAGCAUGGGCCUGUAACUUCCUCAGCCCUGUUACACUUUUCCUUGAGUUGUUGAGUGACAAAUUGUCAAGGGACUUCCACUGUACUAUCGCGUGUUACUGUACGAGCUUGUGAAGCCUCGUCAAGAUGUUUUCAGCGCUUAAGAAGCUGGUUGGAUCCGAGCCAGGGCAGCUCAGGGACAAGCACAUUCCAGCUGGCCUCCAGUCCAUGAACCAAAGUUUGCAGAGACGUUUUGCCAAAGGGGUCCAGUAUAAUAUGAAAAUAGUCAUCCGGGGAGAUAGAAACACUGGAAAGAGUACUUUAUGGCAUCGACUGCAGGGCAAGAAGUUUGUGGAGGAGUACCUACCCACUCAGGAGAUCCAAGCCACAAGUAUCCAUUGGAAUUACAAAACUACUGAUGAUGUGGUCAAGGUAGAGGUGUGGGACGUGGUAGACAAAGGCCAAAAAUAUCCUCUUCCUGAAGGUGUAGGCAAAGGCAAAAGGCGCGGAGAGAAUUUGAAAAUGGAGAAUGAGCCCCAAGAGUCAGAUGAGGUGGCCCUGGAUGCAGAGUUCCUGGAUGUGUACAAGAACUGUAAUGGGAUCAUCAUGAUGUUUGACAUUACCAAGCAGUGGACUUUUAAUUACAUCCUGAGGGAGCUGCCUAAAGUGCCCACCCAUGUGCCGGUGUGUGUGUUGGGGAACCACAGGGACAUGGGCGAGCAUCGCGUCAUCCUCCCAGAUGAUAUCAGAGACCUGAUUGCUGGACUCAACAGACCAAUGGGAGCAUCUUACAUCCACUAUGCCGAGUCCUCAAUGAAGAAUGGAUUUGGCUUGAAGUAUUUGCACAGGUUUUUCAACAUCCCCUUCCUGCAGCUACAGAGGGAGACCCUCCUGAGGCAGCUGGAGACAAACCAACUGGACAUGGAUGCCACCCUGGAGGAACUCUGUGUCCAGCAGGAGACUGAAGAUCAAAACUAUGAGAUUUUCCUGGAGAACUUGGAGUCUCGCAGUAAGGGCUUCGGCUCUCCUGGUCCAGCGAACGGUCAGAGUCCCUCCUCGGGCUCCCAGUCCCCCAUCGUACCCCCCAGUGGAGCCUCUACAGGCAGCUCUAGCCCCAGCACCCCUCAGCCCCCCUUACCCUCCCAGGUGCUCCCACAGUCCCCGUCUGUGUCCGUUUCCGCCCCUCCACCUCCGUCCCCGGCUUCUCCUGCUGUUGAGUCAAAGCCAUCGGCCCAGUCGCCCGAACUCCUUCAGGCCUCAGCUGCAUCUGGAGCGUCGGCCACCCAGAAACGCGGCUUCAUGUCUCGCUGGUUUGGUUCAUCUGCUUCUGCUGAGGCUGCUGCCCCAGACGAGCAGACUGCAGCAGUGUGUCCUGCUAAGGUUCACAGUGUGGAUGAUUUUGUGCCAGAUGAGAGGCUGGAUAAAAGCUUCCUGGAGGACAGCCUGCCCUCCAAGAACAAGAGGCCUCAGCCUGCUCCGGCAGUGGACAGCGACAGUGAUGGUGAAGACAGAGGGAACCCCAUGGUGUCUGCUUUCCAGGAUGAGCUGGACCCUGACGACACUGAGCCCAGCCUUCCCCAACCUAAGAGCCUGCCCCUCAGUAAGGAUUUCACUCUGACCAGUGACGAUGAAGCCCCCACUGUCACACAGGACCUGGACCUGGACAGUGAGCCUGAGCUCAAAGCGCCUGUGAUCCACAUCACAAAACUCAAGGUGGCAUCUAAAGCUCCAGAGGCCAUCUCCCUCACUUUAACUCCAGCAGCAGAGCAGCUGCCCCGACACCAGGCCAAGAAGAAGGGAGGCACUCCCAGAGCUGAGGACUCUGACACUGACCACGAGGCUCCGGCAGCCCAGCAGAUGCUCUCCUUUGUUAUGGAUGACCCCGACUUUGAGUCUGAAGCAUUAGACACUCCAAAAGUAACAAAGGAUAUAUUUCCAGUCAGAGAUGAGCUUCUGUCCGACCUCUCUGAUGAUGACCUGCAGUUAUGCAAGGUACCAGAGCCUCUAAAGCCCACUGUGAUCUCCUUCAAACAUAAGGACGACACCGACCUGUUUGGCCUCGGCAUCCAAGAAGAGGCUCCCGCAGCCAAGGACAGCAGCGAGGAGCAGGAAGAGAAAGAAAGCAAACACUCCUCCAAAGACAAGAAGAAAAAGAAGAAGAAGAGCAAAGAGGAGGAUGAAAAAAACAAGAAGAAACACAAACACAAGAAAAAAGACGAAGCUGCUGCAGGAGACGAGAAGGAGAAAGAGAAAAAGAAAAAGCAAUCCCGGACCAAGAAAACAGAAGUGGACGAGUUGGAGGACUUUCUGGGCGGAGGAGCAGGGUCCAUCAAAAGAGAUGACGGAGAUUAUGAAGAACUAUAAAAGCUCCUGUUUUCUAAGGACCAGCAGCGAGGCGCGUGGUCCUUUAAAACCCUCCUGGUUCCUUGACUUAAGAGCAUAAAGCAUCUCCAAGCUAUACGCAAUACGCAAGGCUGCCGACAACACCCAGGUACGGAGCGUUACUCUGGAAUGUUCCCUCUGAUCGAUUCCCCAUCUGCACUACUGCUGUCACUUCCAUUCCAGCCAAUAGGAGACGGCGAGGAGACCCACGUGUACUGUAGUGAGGCGUGACGAUUGGCUCUUUGUACUUUGACAUGAUUGAAUAUGUUGGCUUAAUAUUUUCUGUAAAUAGGUUUAUCAUUUAGUCUGAAUUAGUUUGUGUAAUAUUGGAGAGCAUGCUUAAAGUGACGAGUGACUCCUUCACACUCCAGUUUUACUUUCUUCCCUACGUGUCGCUUCAGUGCUUAAUGGCAGGUUUAGUCUUGUGUCUCUAAACAGAAACUCUGAGGAAGAAUUCAGAGUGAGUUGAUUUCAGAAUUUUUAGGAAACUUCCUCUUCUUCACAUUUGGAGUGCGUCCACACUACGCUGGCUACAUCUGAAAACAUUUUUGCUUAUGAUUUGGCCUCCAUCCACACUUAGUCUGACUUUUUAAGUGUCAAUAUCGCUGAUCACACAAUACAGAGUGUGUCAUUAACAUUCUGUAUGUACACUACACACUCCCGCAUAAGAUCGUUCCAGGUCCACUGUGUUUCCAAACAUGGGACAGUGAGUGGGUCCUGUGGAGUCUGCCAUGUCUCUUGGCCAAGUCAUAGCAAUGAUGUAGGAUUGUUAAGACAAACGUAUCGUUUAUUCUGGUCCAAACGUUGUUUGUUGAUGGAGUUCACAAAAAGUGUAAUUUUUAAGAAAUUAGCCGGCUGAGUGUGGACGUAGUUUUGUUGUGGAUCUGAGCCCCAUUUUAUGAUUUGAUCCACUCUGCUGCCCUGUCAGCACAAAUCAACAAUUCACCUUCCUCUGCUUCCCCCUGUAGGCCACAUACAAACUCUCCUCAUGUUUUCUGCAUUUGCCUUAAUGGAGGUUACUACAAGGAAUGAUGUGCCGCUAUCUUCAUGAACCAUUUCAAGUGUUCUUACUGUAAAAUGUUGGAAUGUUGUCCGAGCCUUUUAUCGGUCCAACAGAAUCGACAUCAUGUCUGGAGCCUGUUAGAAGAUUGCCGUGAAUCCAAUGCUUCGGUUUGUUUUUUUGUUUUGGUUUGAUCCUCCAUCCUUCUAAAGGAAUAUUCUGGAAUGUGUGACUAUUUCUUUGUAAGUAACAUUUCCUCGUGGUUUUAUCCUUGUGUUAUUUAUUGCUUCUAUUCUGUUUGGUCAGGAUUUAGUUUGUGCAGAAACACAUGCUUUUUAUGGAUUACAGUUCAUAUUUCUCACCUGUAAUACAGCCUCCAAUGGUUUACAUGUAUCUGGUGAUAUGAACUACGUGCAGUACAGAAUCUUCCAUAAAUCACCCAAAUGUUUCAAAUCAGUGAAGCAUUUCUGCAUCUAAGAGAAACUGUAUUUUUAGACUUGUUUACACAACUGACAUAUUUCAUACAGUUUCCAUCUCCCAUGCAUACGUGGUUACAAAGACAUGAUGUUUGAUAUUCCAAAGUUGAAACUAUGCAGCAUUGAUCCUGAAUACUGUGUGCUCUUUUGUUUUUGUCUUUUGUCAUGUGAUUGAGGAUAAAUGCUGAAAGCACAGUUUCAAGCAAGGCAUGAGACUUCAGUGUACAGCAAGAAAAGAAUGUAUAAAGUAUAGAAGAAAAUACAUAUAUUUGAAGAGCUUUGUUCCAAAAUUGAUACAUACACUGUGUGGAAACAAUGCCACUGAAAUCCUAUCAAAUUAUUCUGCUGUCCAAAGUAAAAACAUUUCUGAUGGCUAAAACUUUAGAAAUGUUUCCUUUCAGGUAUUUUUCCCAAAUGGAUGUGUGACGUUUUGGAAUGAAACCCUUCAUUUAUUUUUCACCCCAUGACAUGUUCUAUAUUUACACUGUGUUUGAGUUUGACUAUGUUUGGUUUGUCCAAUAAAUGCAAACUUAUUUCUUCAUAAAAAGCA